AUGGCUAUUGAUACUGUUGUUCUCGACAUCGAGGGCACUGUUUGUCCUAUUACAUUUGUGAAGGAAAAGCUUUUUCCGUAUUUUUUGGAGAAGUUACCGCUGUUUUUGCUGGAAAUCUCGAAUUUCACACUGCUCCAGGCAGACGACAAAGACCCUAUAAAAGCCAUUUUGAGCCAAUUGCCCGAGCAAAUAAGAACUUCAAAGGAUUCUGUGUUGGAGUACUUUAACGAUUUGGUUCGUAGAGAUAUCAAGGAUCCAAUCUUGAAACAAUUGCAGGGAUUCAUUUGGAAAUUGGGCUAUGAAAAUGGAGACUUGAAAGCUCCAGUAUAUGAAGACUCAAUUGAAUUCAUCAAGACAUUUCCUUCCAAGACUGAAAACAAAAGAAUAUAUAUCUAUUCUAGUGGAAGUAUCAAGGCUCAGAUAUUGUUGUUUGGCUAUGUUGACGAGAAUGGUAAGUCUGUGGAUUUGAAUGAAUACUUAUCGGGCUACUUCGACAUCACGACUGCCGGGUUCAAGACUCAAUCCAGUUCUUAUACCAAGAUCUUGGAGGAUAUUGGUAAGGAGCACGGUGGUUCGGUGUUGUUUUUAAGUGAUAAUGUGUUGGAAGUGGAAGCCGCUUUAGAAGCAGGAAUGGAGAGUUAUGUUGUUGUCAGACCAGGCAAUGCUCCAUUAACUGAGGAUGAUAAAACGAAAUACAAAAUUAUUACGUCUCUAGAGCAAUUGUAA